GGGAGGCGGCCCGGCCCUGAGCAGCCGCGGCGCUUCGCUGUCCAGAAUGCUCUGCUCACCACAUCCCCGGGUGCACUGAUCAUGAGCCUCAACUCCUCCGCCGACUACAGGAAGGAGCUGAGCAAUCUCACUGCCCCGGACGGUGGUGAAGGGGGCGUUGUCACCGAGUUCAUAGCCCUCAUCAUCAUCACCGUCUUCGUCUGCCUGGGCAACCUAAUCAUCGUAGUCACCCUCUACAAGAAGUCCUACCUCCUCACCCUCAGCAACAAGUUCGUCUUCAGCCUGACCCUGUCCAACUUUCUGCUGUCCGUGCUGGUGCUGCCGUUCGUGGUGACCAGCUCCAUCCGGAGGGAAUGGAUCUUUGGCGUGGUCUGGUGCAACUUCUCCGCCCUCCUCUACCUGCUCAUCAGCUCGGCCAGCAUGCUUACCCUUGGGGUCAUUGCCAUCGACCGCUAUUAUGCUGUCCUGUAUCCGAUGGUAUACCCCAUGAAGAUCACAGGGAACCGCGCCGUGAUGGCCCUUGUCUACAUCUGGCUUCACUCCCUCAUUGGCUGCCUGCCUCCCCUGUUCGGCUGGUCGUCGGUGGAGUUUGAUGAGUUCAAGUGGAUGUGUGUGGCUGCAUGGCACCGGGAACCUGGCUACACUGUCUUCUGGCAGAUCUGGUGUGCCCUGUUUCCCUUUCUCAUCAUGCUCGUGUGCUACGGGUUCAUCUUCCGUGUGGCCAGGGUCAAGGCCCGCAAGGUCCACUGCGGCACGGUGGUCACCGUGGAGGAGGACGCCCAGAGGAGUGGGAGGAAGAACUCCAGCACCUCCACUUCCUCUUCAGGCAGCAGGAGGAACGCCUUUCAAGGCGUGGUCUACUCAGCUAACCAGUGCAAAGCCCUCAUCACCAUCCUGGUGGUCAUCGGCGCCUUCGUGGUCACCUGGGGCCCCUACAUGAUUGUCAUCACCUCAGAGGCGCUCUGGGGGAAGAACUGUGUCUCCCCAACCUUGGAGACGUGGGCCACAUGGCUGUCCUUUACCAGUGCCAUCUGCCACCCUCUGAUCUACGGCCUCUGGAACAAAACUGUUCGCAAGGAGCUCCUGGGCAUGUGCUUUGGGGACCGCUAUUACCGGGAACCAUUUGUGCAGCGGCAGAGGACCUCCAGGCUCUUCAGCAUCUCCAACAGGAUUACAGACUUGGGCCUGUCCCCGCACCUCACGGCGCUCAUGGCAGGCGGACAGCCCCUGGGACACAGCAGCAGCACCGGUGACACUGGUUUCAGCUACUCUCAGGAUUCAGGGACGGACGUGAUGCUGCUGGAAGAUGGCGCUUCUGACGACAACCCUCCCUCGCACUGCACUUGCCCACCCAAGAGAAGGAGCUCCGUCACGUUUGAAGAUGAAGUGGAACAGAUCAAAGAGGCUGCCAAGAACUCUCUUCUUCAUGUGAAAGCCGAAGUACACAAAUCCUUGGACAGUUAUGCAGCCAGCUUGGCUAAAGCCAUUGAGGCUGAAGCCAAAAUCAACUUAUUUGGGGACGAGGCUUUGCCAGGGGUCUUGUUCACAGCACGGACCGUCCCGGGGGCUAGCUUUGGGGGCCGUCGAGGCAGCAGGACUCUUGUGAAUCAGAGGCUGCAGCUACAGAGCAUUGAAGAAGGCAAUGUCUUAGCUGCAGAACAGAGAUGAAGGCCUCAGAGGGGGACUGGGCACGGCGGAGUUACUGGUAUUGGUGCCCAUGCCAAGACCCCUGGAAGAUGUCACCAGACAGCCAGAGGCUGGGAAGGAAACAUCUGGUGUGCAGCCAGGACGACUGAAAAUACUGUCUCCAGUCUCUGACCGCGGUGUCUGCUGCUUCAGGGUCGCUGGGAUGGAGUGAGGCUUCCGAAGCACCCACACACAAAGGCCGAUGGAGAAGCGGCUGGGGUUUUGGGAGGGCUGGAGGCAGCGGGUUUAAAGGGAGGUCACCACGUGGAUGCAGCUGGCCUGGCUCGCAUGGUCUCGGUGAUGCUUCUAGAGGCAGUCCCUACUCGGCCCGGCAUGGAAUGGCACAGCCCUCCUCAGCACUGUAAGACCAUGGGGGCUUCGUGUGGUUGAUCCAGCAGCAUGGGGCCACAAGUACUAGGCGAAAUGCAGAACAGUCCAGUCCAGUGUGCAGGGCACACAACACAGCCCGUGGCUACUGCCCUCAGUGGACUUGGCCUUUAGUGGCCCCUGCUGCUGGCCACCCAAGAUGUGGCCACCUCCUUGUUGAAUUUUUUUUUUUUUUUAAGUAUUUGAAAAGGGGGAAACCACUAUAAAAGACAAAGGUGAAUACCAGGCAUUUCAUUUUUAGAAUAAAAAAACCCUGGAGAGUUAGGGCAUAUCAAUAAGACUGGGGUUAUGGUGUCAUGCCCAGCUGGGGAGAAUUUGGAGGGGGGGGAUCCCUCACACAGAAGAUAUAGGUCUUAAUUCCCAGGAGCAGUUGUGACUGUCACUGCAGCCCUGGGGUGGUCACAAGGCAGAAAGGGCACACUGGACCAGAGCUCACAUCCUGGCCUCUAGGCCCAGCGUGGUCUUUGUCUGCAUGUCUUCAGGGACAUCCUGCCCCGUCACUAGGCCUUUUGGAGAAAAAGAAAGGAGUGAGGAAUUGGAAUGAGUGGCCUCCAAGAUAAUUCCAGCUCUGCUCUUUGAUGUCUUCUGAGUUUGUAACUUAGGAGAUGGGAGCAAACUGAACAUGACCCGUGGGUGCACCAGCAUCUGUAUACGUUUGUGUGCCCAGCAAACAGGAGGAGCUCCCUGCAUGCCCUGGUCUUCUGCCUUUGUGCUGAUUGGCUGUUGAGGGCAGUCCUAAAUGCCACCUACCAAGACACGGUUAUGAAGAGGCUGAGGCAAAGGUGGGAGGGCAGGUGGGGUUUGUUUGGCUCGGACUCCUCUUGCUCUUUGAGCUAGAACUUGGGGGGUUUGAGCUUUGAGUGCUUGCUGUGGUGGUCAGGAAGAUUAUCUUCCCCACUGCUCUUAAGCAUGGGUGCUUAGAUAAGAGAUGCUCAGGGCUCUCCGUUUUGCAGAGCAGAGGAAGGGUCCAGGACUUUUGUCGUAUCUGCCACGAGGCAGCCAUUCCAGACUGACUUACUUUCCAUGGUUUUCUGUGGGCUGCCUGGCUCCUGGUAUGGCAGUGUCUUUCCUGUGGUUCCUGGUCUGCUGAAGACCUUUCAUUGGGCUUGGCAUUUGUGUGAUCUUGUCAACUCCAGGUCAGCUGUGCAGGGGAGUAGCAAGAUUUUGGGUGGAGUGGCAGGGGCAGAGGAACUGCUCUCAUUCCUGCAUUUCUCUUCUCUAUUCUGUUAUCGAGGGACCAUAUUCCCAAUUAGUUAAUAUGCACAGAGGCAUGCUGUCUAGGUAUGGGUUGCCAGUUAGUGCAAUAGAUUGGCUUAAAGGCUGGAGAGUUCUUUCCUGAUUGCCCUGGGAUAGGCUUUAUGGAAAGGAUGCUGAGGCCCCUGAAUCCUACUGGCUGGCCCCAGAUUUACUGGCAUACAAGAGACCUGACCUGGAACACUGAGUUUCACUCCCAUUCCUUUUAAUGGAGGACGACUACUCAUUCACCCAGCACUGCAGGUCUUUAAGCACCUCAUGGAGCACUGGGCCUACACCAUGUAACUCCAGUGUUUAGCACAGAGAGAGGGAGGGAGAGAGAUGCAGCUGAGGAUACUGCUGGGGAUGUAGAGCAUCAGGCAGUGAUGACCAACUGUGGCUCCAGAGGGUUCGGGUAUUCCAACUACGGUGCUAUGUUUGGACUGUCGAAGCAGGUGAACAUCUUGACUGAGUCUCAGAGGGGGGUUUAGGAGCCAGAACCAUGCUUUUGCACAUUCAGGGAUUCUGCUCUGAGCUUGAGAGAAGUGGGCUGGGGAGAGGAGAGGUAGUUCCAUAUGUUCUCUUUUGUCCUCUUUAGAGGACACCUGCCUUUUGUGCAGAAGCCCACCAUUCCAACUAAGCCCUGCCAUGUUAGCUGCAAACUACUGUGCAGUGGUAGGCCUGAGGCCUUCCCCAGGGGACCCAUAGGUACUGGUAGGUGGGACAUUGGUUUGCUUAAAUACCUCAGUCCUGAUUCUGAUAGGAUCACUUGUAGGGCAGUGGCCCACCUCUGCUGCUCUUUACCCUUGACGUGGGUCCUGAGCUGUGUCCCCGAAGCCAGCUGUGGGGUUUGCUGCGCCUGAGAAGGCACUGGGCCCGGCACUACAGCUCAGCACCUAGCUUUUCCCAGGCCAACCCAAAUCACAGAGUUUAAGAUCUUAGUUACUAGGUGGCAGCAGUGUGGCUGUGGAGAGCAGAAAAAAAAAAAAAAAAAAAAACCCACGGAGGCUUGUUCUUCUGACAAGCCCCUGGCCUUGACAACUGAUUCUUACCUUAUGUGUGUGACCUGGAUGGAGCUCACAGGAACUACCUGUAAUGGGCUGUGUGAUGUUAAGAAAAUCGCUGCUCCUGGGACAGGAGGGUGAAGGACUGUAAAGACAAUGGUCCACUGCUGCGCACUGCUUCAUGGAUUCUCAUUUGUGUAACUGAUUUCACCUUUCAGCCAAGAAUGAAACCAUCACACCGAGACAAACUCAGUAUUUGCAAUAGUGCACUGUAGUUUGGGUCUAGACAAGAGGAGGAAACUAGUGUUGAUACAGUGAGAGAGCUCGCUAGUCUGUUAAGACGGAACUAUUAGGAGUGGUUUUUCAAAUGGACAAUGUGCUCCUUAGAUUUGCAGAUUAUAGAGACAUUUCUCAGUGGACCAGAAGUUGAACUCAUGGAACAUGUCCAGCCUCGUUUCAUCUGUCUCCUGUCUGGAAGGAAUAAUGAGGAUGAUGUGGCUGAAGAUGAGGAGGCCAAGAACAGGCAUGUGCUAGGCCCCACUGUGUGCCUCAGUUUAAACAUCUAAGAGCCUAUCAGGUGUUAGGCACUGAUUGAGGACUUCAGUCUAUCUCCCUUUGCUUCAGGCAGAUGGGAAACAGCAGGGAUGGCGCUGGUGCGGGAUGUCUGUGAGUUAAGAUUUCAGGUUGUCAAUUGCUAGCUAGGUGUUUGGGGGCAAAUUACUCAGUAUUCUUGCAUCUGUAGAGUGAAGUUUUGUAAUCUAUUUGUAUAUAGGGACGCAGAAUCCAAGGAUGCUACCUGCACAGGGUGCUCGGUAGACUACAAAAAUGCUCAUGAUAAUAUCCAACACAGCACAGGGUACGUCCAGGGAGCCACUGGUCCUGUUUUUCAGCAUAACUGAAGGGGCAGAAUCCUUCCUGUUUUACAGGGAUCUCUAAUACACGAGAACCUUCAAAAGAUGUGCUAUCCAAUUCAGGAUGGUUAGUUAUGUUGAGGGUUGUUGCCUGGGGGAUUAUUUGCUAUUAGGUACAAAAGAACUUAAGGAGUGAUGACAAAAGGAAGGCAACAGAGAGGAGGGCAGAAAAGCUGAGGGGAAUUUGGAACAAAAUUCCCUAAAUAUUGGGAACAAAAAAGCUUUUCUGGUAAAGUCUUCCUUCCACAUUAAUGACCUGCUUGCACAAGAAAGAAACAUUUUUACGUUACCUUGAGUGAUAGAUGAUCUACUGAGUCCCUAAUGACAUCAACUCAACUUUGACCUCCCCUGUACUACCCUACCCCAAUCCCUUUAGGGGCUGUCUAGCAGGGACAGUGUCUGGCUUCCAGCUCCUACAGCUCUUGUCUUCCAAGACUGAUGGCAGAGGCAGAGGAGGUAUAAGAAGUGUAUAAUAGAACCAGAGGAAAACUAGGGAGGAAGAGCAGAAGGCAGGUAGGACAUGAACCACAGCAACAUGGAAGUGACCAGCCAGAAAUGACUACACAGAGGGACAGGGACAGGCGGGUACUGUCCUUAUGGGUUGGGGAGAGAGGACACGAGAAUCCAGGAAGGCCAUGGGAAAGCUUUGUCUCAAAAUGAGGUAAACAAGACCUAAAUCCCUAGGUCUUGGUCUUGAGGGUGAGAGGAUCAAGCCUUGUAGCCCAAGGAGAAAGAGGCACAAGUAGAUUAAAGGUCAUCCUUAGGGGAGUGGGCCAGCUGGGCUUUAUUAAGCAGGGAGGAAGAACCAAGGCGCAGCAGUGAGGUGUCUUACUCACAGGCCCUAUGUCAGGUUGGAAAGAAUUAAAAGCACAAAUACCAAUCUGCACAAGAUUGCCACAAGCACAAUUCUGGUCAGUAUAAUUUUGAGCACACAAUAUACCAAGCUGUGUUUAAAAAUCCCUUUUUAAAAGCAGUAUUAAUGGCUUAGGAACCAGCAGCCACUUCUGGUUUUUCUUUUGACACUAUUAGACAGAAAUCACAGGUGAACCAGUUCCUCCCAGAGGUGACAAGACCAUGCCAAGUGUGGUAGAAAGCCUGUGUGCCUGAAAAUGGAUGUCGGUGGUACAGACAUGCUUGAGAGAGUGUCCUGUGUGUUCCGAUGAUAUACACCUGGAGGAAGAAGUGGUUAAAAACCAAACUUCAAAAAACAAAACCCCACCAAGUUAAUCCUGAAAAUAUAUUUAACUUGAAGUUUUGGAUGGUGUUUUUGAAGAUAAAAUUGUCGCAGCUAUUAUAUAUAAAUCAGUAUUUAUGAAUAAGUGAAAGUGUAUUUAGACCAGUUUUGU